UAUUAAUAACGAAGGUCUCGUGCAUACGCCGCGAACGUAGUAUUAAUAACGUAUCUAGUACAUAUAUACAAGAUUGUAGAUGCGUUGUUGAAAAUUUUCUCGAAGCUUUUAAAUUCUCCAAUUGUACAUUUCUUAUAAUAGCUUCUUUUGCGUUAAUAUCUCUGUAUCGUUUAAAUAUAGAUUUUAAUUAUAUAACAAUAUAUUAUAUAAAAGAGAUUUGUAUCUAUCAUCUAUACGUCCUCCAAGAUUUCGUGCACACGAUAUUAUCCACAUACAUCCGUUAUCCGUUUCACUAUCGCCGCGCAUGCGCAUAUCAACAUCGAGUACACUGGAUUAUUCUGGAUCUCGAGGACUCGAGCAGUUGCAAGAAUCGCCAGUUGCUGAACUGUUGCGGUCACGCGGUGGACUUGGACGGACGUGCAUGGACGUUGAUAUUGAGAGAAAGUAACGUGCUUUCGUGCAUAACUCGCCGCGGUUUUUGCACAAAGUCUACGCCACACGUUCGUCAUCAUCCUUAAAAUCGUGAUUCAUUAUCAAAGCGGAGGAAGCUAAAAAAAAAGUAACUUGAACGUGCCAUGUCUUCAACUUCUCUUAAUUUAGUUGCAACUUUACUAUUGAUGUGACACUCGAUUGAUAUACUUGUGCUGAUUGAGUAUAUUUUGGCGACCAUCGACUUUCUAAAAAUGGCAUUGGCGCAGAAGCUACAAAGAUUAUCCAAAUCCUUCCUCGCCCUUACUCCGAAUUAUGCCAAGUGCGCGGCUAAGCAACUGCCGUCCGCGAAAACCGCGUCUACCACGCAACCGUUGUCCAAAAAGAAAGAGAUUAGUAUAACAUUUGUUAAAGCCACUGGAGAAAGGAUUAACGCAAAAGGGAAAAUAGGAGAUAGUAUUUUAGACAUUAUUGUGAACAAUGACAUCGAUUUGGAUGGUUACGGUGCUUGCGACGGAUCACUGACAUGCAGCACGUGUCAUUUAAUUUUCCCUAAGGAAGUUUAUGAUAAUCUUCCAAACAAACCUACAGAGGAGGAGACAGAUAUGUUGGAUAUGGCAUAUGAAUUAACAGAUACAUCAAGAUUGGGAUGCCAAAUUGUAAUGACUGAAGAAUUAGAUGGUAUUGAGGUGAAAGUACCAUCUACCAUUAAUGAUGUAAGGAAUCCCUAAUAAACAUGAUAAUGCCGGUAAGGCAUCAAAUUAGGGCUUCAUACUUAAUAAAAUCAGUUUAAUAAAAUUUCCUAUAAAAUAAUGAUAGCAAAAUUUAAUAUUAUGUAUAUAGCGAUAAAAUUGUGCUUGAAAUAUCAUAGAUACUUCUUUUAUAUCUUUCUCAACAAAUUGUAUAUAUUAUAGUGUAAAUAAUAUAUACACAUAUGUAAUUGUACAAAUAUUUCAUGUAGAAAAGUGUAUGAUAUCGUGUUCUAAUUGAAUUUAUUCAAACGAAGAAGAAACAAAUAAUAUAUGUAUAUGUAAAUUUUAUAGCAAUUUUUAAAAUAAAAAACUUACUCUCUGUUUUAUUUAGUAUGAUUGUAAUUUAGAAAUUGACUUUAAAUUUUUUCUACUAAUUUGAUCCUUGGGAGGCGAAUGCCUUCCGAAUUUGCAAAAUAUUAUAAUUGUUAAUCUUACAUUGUCUUAUUAUAACAUGAGCAAACAAAAAAAAUUUAUUAUAUACAUUAUGAUAAAAAAUAAUCUAUUUAUAGCUUACGCAGUAUAUAUUCAGAAUAAUUUAUUUUUUCUUUUUUAAUUAAUUACACAUAGCAAUACAUCUACUGUUAUUACUAGCUAUCAGUACAUAAAGCUAAAACACUUUUGUACUAUGUGUAUUAUAUAUGGACCCAACAUGAAUAACUUAUUCGCAUGAUUAAAUUACACACUAUUACUUGCAAAUGCAUUAUUACUACACUACUUACAAAUGCGGUGAAACAAUUUACAUAUUUUCAGUUUCUUACCCUGCUCGUUUCAAAUACACAUCUCCAGAAUAUAUCUCAUAUAUAUUCUUUAUUUUAUGUACAUAUUUAGCCCGUCCUUCUCGGUUUACUCGAAUGUCAUCCAAGUAAAAGUUAACAUUCUCGUCUUGAAAAUGCGUUUUUUAAUUCGAUUCAUAAGCUAGAUAUAAACUGCGAAUAUUAACGAAUUUUUUAAAUCAAUCGGUUCGAUAAUUAUCCAAUCAAAUAUAAAAAAAAAACAUACAAAAUAAAUUUAGAUGUAUAAUACAACAUAACAAUUAUGUAAAAUAAUUAUAAAUUACAUUUUUGAAUCUUAAAUGAUAUCGUGAUCAGAUUUUCAGACUUGCACGAUACGUAAUAGAAGCUCCAUUUUUCUUUAAAUUGAUAUUUUAUAUAAUAAUUCUUUUAUAUUCAUUAGUGCAAAAUUCGCUUAUUUUUUAGCGCAGCCAUAUACUUUUAAAAUUUGAUCUUUCUAUAUUUGUCUUCUUUUUUUUUUCAUGUAUUACAUGUAUUUUUGCAUGAUAUCCAUAGUUUUGUAGAACGUAAUUCCUUGAAUAGGGAAUUGUCUUGUAACAAGUAAAAGAGUAUGUUAUGUCACAUCUAUUGAACAUGUUUAUGUAAAUCAUUACCAUAUUGUUCGUAUUAUGGUUCAGUGCAACAUACCGUAAAUGAUGAAUCUCCCUCCCUACUUUCUCUUUUUUUCAAUUAUACAGGAAAUUACAUUGCGAUUACUAUAAAUAUCGCAAUCGUAUGUAUGUACAUACGAAGUACAAAGAUUUAUUUAUGCAAACUGAAAAUAAACAUUAUAAUAUAUUUUCCAAAUUUAUAUAAAGACACUGUUGUAUAUUCAAAUUAUUUCAAAUAUUACUUUAAUUAUAUCUGAAAAGAGAAAUUUUUUUAUACCAUUAUAAAAUAUAAUAUUUUUUAUGCUUAAUACUGAAAUUUCUCGACUUUUGCGAUAAAGAUGGAAGCUCUCGUACUAUUUCUUUCUUUCCUUCGGAUGCGCGCGUGCACAUAACAUAUACUCAAAUAUUUUAUUAUUAUUUAUAAAUAUAUACGAUCUUUUUUCAACGAACUCUUCACAUAAUCGCGCAUAAUUAAAAAUAAAAAAUAUUAAUUAUAUAAAGUUAUAAACUUAAUGUUUUUUUUUCUAAAGUUUUAGAAUAUGAAUGUAUAGCAGCUUUAUAGUUUGAAACUUUCAAGUAUUAAAAUUGUGCUGACAAUUAAAAGGGGACGUAAUGUUUGAUACAUAAAUUAUUCAACAUAUUAAAAGAUUAAAAAAAUUAAUUCGGGUAAUUAUUUUGUUGUUAGAUUAAUAAACUUGCAGGAUUUAUGACAUUUAAAGACUAUUGAUUCGUAUUUUUCUUAUUGAGAUUCUUCAUUUCUUUCGCUUUUGAUAUGCUACUUAUUGUAUAUUUUAUUAUAAUUAUCUUUCCUUUUAUUCUUUCACACACACAGACACACACACAAUUUGCUUUUCUUAAAAAAUAUAAUUUCGCGGAAACAUAAAAAUUCAAUUCUACCAUUAUGUCGAGUUCGCAAAUUUCAAGCAUCUUAUCAACCGCUUAAUUAUAAUGUUAAUCAGAAUUCUAAAGUCUUAUGCUUCCGUGUGAACGAAAGUAAUCUAGGACUAGAGGUUCUGUAAGAUAAGUACAAAUUAUAAUAAUAAAAAUUAAAAAUAUGGCAAGAUUUACAUACAUGCCAAUUUCUCGUCUCUCGGAUUUCUAAUGUAUCGAAAGUAUGUAUACAUUAUUGGGUGUAUAUAUAUAUAUAUAUAUUUAUAUAUUGUUGAAAUAUAUGUCAAUCAUUAUAUUUGGUUAUUUAUAUUUAUUCUCGGGAUAAUUGGAGUUUCUCGGCGAUCGUCGAAAUGUAAUUAUUUCAUACGGUUUUAGUGAAUCAUUUUUAGUAUAAAUUAUAUUAUCUUAAAAAAAAAAACACGAAUAAAA